GCCAUUCAAGUUGCUCAUUGCAAGUUGCAGCUGACGACCCGGGUGGUUUUGCAAGAUCCUGCCAGUUGUAAACGAACCCGGCUACAGGAAGGUGAUACGGCGAAUGGAAUAUGGAGUGUAUUCCAGUGACAAUUGAUGAUCUUGAGGGUAAAAAGGACUCAGUCCCAGAAGACCCAGAACACAAUGUGUACACCCGGUUUAUGAAGUCUCACCGGUGUUAUGACCUCGUACCUACCAGCUCCAAGUUGGUUGUGUUUGAUACUUCACUUCAGGUGAAGAAGGCAUUUUUUGCUCUCGUUUCUAAUGGGGUAAGAGCAGCACCUCUGUGGGACAGUAAGAAGCAAUGCUUUGUUGGUAUGUUAACCAUCACAGACUUCAUUAACAUCCUUCAUCGCUACUACAAAUCCCCAUUGGUUCAGAUAUAUGAAUUGGAAGAACACAAAAUUGAAACAUGGAGAGAGGUGUACCUUCAAGACUCUUUCAAACCCUUGGUGAGCAUAUCUCCCAAUGCAAGCUUGUAUGAUGCAGUAUCAUCUCUGCUGAAGAACAAGAUCCACCGACUGCCUGUAAUCGACCCCCUUACAGGGAACACACUCUAUAUUCUCACACACAAAAGGAUUCUGAAGUUCCUGAAGCUUUUUAUAUCUGAGAUGCCCAAACCCUCGUUCUUGAAACAAACUAUAGAGGAACUGAAGAUUGGAACAUUUCAGAACAUAGCAGUGGUCCGUGCAGACACACCGCUGUACACGGCGCUGGGUAUUUUUGUUGAGCAGCGAGUGUCAGCACUCCCAGUAGUAGAUGACAAAGGUCGAGUGGUGGAUAUAUACUCAAAAUUUGAUGUUAUAAACCUAGCAGCAGAGAAGACGUACAACAACCUGGAUGUGACGGUGACCAAAGCCCUGCAGCACCGCUCUCAGUACUUUGAAGGAGUGCUGACCUGCAACAGGCACGAGACCCUGGAGGCCAUCAUCAACCGGCUGGUGGAGGCCGAGGUGCACAGGCUGGUCGUGGUGGAUGAGCAGGAGGUGGUGAAGGGAAUUGUCUCCCUUUCAGAUAUUCUCCAGGCUCUAGUGCUUACUGAUGGAGAAGAGGGCACAGCUUGAGGAAGCAACUCAAAUGAGGAAAGGCUACACAUUUUGUAAGAUGAGUUUAGACCAAAAGGAGAAAGACAACAGGCAUGUGACAUGGGAAAUAAGACAGUACAUUGAAAUAUCAUCAUCUAUCUCCUGUAACCAUCUUUCCUAUACUCACACAUGAAGACUUCUCCCUGACGGCAAAAAUAUGAAGUUUUAGCAACCCAGCAAUAUAGAAUUGUAAGAGCACAGGACAUACCGAAGUAAAAUGAGCCAAAUUCCAAGCCACAAGAGAGAUGUAAAAGCACAAGAGACCUCUGAAGAGCUGUAGCCUCUCAGGACGACCCGGCAUCAUUCCCACCCUCUCUGUGGCUCUUAGUGUUGAUCUGAGUAGAGGAGGACCAUUAAUUCUGACCUUGUAUUACAAAUGUUUUUCUGACAAUAGAAAUCAAGUCAGCAGUUACCAGCUAAAGGACAACUGAUUUACCUGUAUUGCCUUUUGUUGGCAGCAUUUCAUUUCCAUGAUAAUAAUAAUAGAUGCACAUAAAGCCUAAGUAAGGGUAAUGUUAAACACUGUGUAAUUAUGUCAGAUCAACAUUUGGUGUGUGCUGCUGCUGUGGCACGUUACAACAUUUGACUGAGCCCUGUUCUUUGUGCAUAUAAGAAGUAUGAUUUUAACCGGGUCAAAUGAUCUUAUCGUUCACCAUUCAGCUAGUUUGAUUACAGGUGGAGGGUUGAUUUGUAGUUUUGGUUGUUUUUUUCCCUCUCCAUUUCCACUCCUCCAUUUUGCAAUAUAUAUUGAUGGAUAUAUGGUUACUGAAGUAUUUAUCUGAAUGUAUGCAUCAUGCAUGCAAUACAUAUAUUUUGGCAUCUACAGGUGAGGUUGUAGAUUGCAACCACCUUAAUGCCCCUGGCCUCACCCUCCCACAUGCAAAAAAAAUGCAAAAGCCCCUCUUUAGAGCUCAUGUUUGGUUUGUCUGUUCUGGGCUAUUAUAGAAACAUGGUGGUGCAACAUGGCGGAUUCUAACGAAAACAUAACAAUCGUUAUUUUCAGGUGAUUAAACCCUAACGAAGACAGAAUUAUGAAUUGUAUUCCAUUUCUGCCAGUGGGUUCCCCUAAAUGUUACACACUAGUCCUUUAAUUUGUCAUUCAAACAUUAGACCUUGAAGACCUUGGAGAUGGUCAGUAGUCUGGACUGGUCAGUUAUAUUUUUAAGCGAUUUCACAGAUGUACAAUGAUAAAGGCCAGGUCGUUGUCUAAAAGAUUUCAGUUUUCAAAAACCCAGGAGUUUUUGCAGGCUUCAGCUUUAUGACCUGCAGCUCCAAAAGUCACUCUGGUUGAAUUUUAAGCCAGUUUCAAAGAACUGAACAAACUGACUUAUGUCAAUUUGUCAACAAUUAAUUCAGGUUACCACAGUUAACAAGUGUGCAAAGAAUUCAAGGGCUCAGGUUUUAAUGUGCUGUAUAGCUUGACAGCAUAGUAGCAAACCUGGAAGAGCACUUUAGGCUCCCAAGACAACCUCAUUGGUUAAGUCUGGAACAGCAUCCACGACUCUGCUGUGAGAGAGAACCGUUAAUUGUGCUGUAUUCUGUUCGACUGCACAAGCUCUGGAUAUUUAUGGGUUUUAUGUUUUGCCAUUUUGUCUGUGUUGUCGUGUAUAACAAAAUGUUUCAUGGAUGGAACAUUUUACUUUAAAGACACUGUUUUUUUUCUUCCUCUUCUGUUACCCACAUUUUGGGUUUUGGCACUAUUAGCGUUAAAGGGAUUUGUUUAUUGCAUCAAUGCUGCAAAAAUCAAAAAACAAGUGGUCCAUCACUUGAAAUAGUCAAAUUAACAAUUCCAAAUUUCUGUAGUAUUGUUCAUGUUCUGAUUUAUACCAUUUUGGUGUGAAAUGUUGAUGCCAGUUAGUCAGUGAAAACAUAUCAGAACGCCACACUUUAUAUGUUCAGUCGUCUGUUCUCAUUGUGGAAUUUAUCAGAAUCACUAAAUACCAGCAUUUCCUUCCAUUUUCAUGAUAUAGGUCAGGAACAUGCCACACUUCCUCGUUUGGUAUAUAUGUGAAUAAAUGAAAUUGAAUGUGUACAACUGUAUGUAAAUGCACAGGUUUUGUACUAAUCUGCAUUGAGAUUCUAAUUUAAAGACAGCAAUAAAGGUUCUUUGAGUUUC